GAUAGUCAUACGCAGUCGUCGUCUAUCCUAUACUUUGCCAUUUGCCAGUAGCAUGGCCCCCGCUCGUCUCUGCGACGAAGUACUCCCAGCAGACGCAAAUAUCCCGCUUGUCCCUGAGAUCGCGGAGAGUUCUUUCAUCGAGAGCUUCGACGCUGUUCAGCGCGAUCCCGAGUCGUGGUCUGGAGCCCUACCCGCCUCACAGGGCCUUUACAUCAACGACCUCGAGAAAGAUGCGUGCGGCGUAGGCUUUAUCUGCCACAUUAAGGGACAAGCCAACCACAAAAUCGUCUCCGAUGCGCGCCAGCUUCUCUGCGCCAUGACCCAUCGGGGAGCUACGGGCGCUGAUAGCAGGGAUGGCGAUGGGGCGGGAGUUAUGACGGCGAUCCCGCAUGAGCUCUUCAAGCGCGAGGCGGAGAGGGAUCUGGGGUGUGCGUUACCUGAGCCCGGAGAGUACGCAGUCGGAAACGUUUUCUUCAAGCCCAGUGACCCAGUCGAGCUGCAAAAACAGCAAGCCAUCUUCACACGUCUGGCGAAGGACCUGGGACUGCGUGUGCUUGGCUGGCGCGAGGUUCCCACCGACGGCACGAUUCUAGGUCCGGCCGCGAGCAGCAAGGAACCGGUUAUCCUGCAGCCAUUUAUCGUCCUGCGCUCUCACUACGGCGAUGGAAGCACCAGCCAAGGCGGGCAAUUCGACACCAAGCACUUCGAGCGUCAACUCUACGUAUUGAGAAAGCAUGCGACUCAUACCAUUUCGCUUGCCAAAGGUUUCUACGUGUGUUCGCUGUCUUCGAAGAAUAUCGUCUACAAGGGUCAGCUAUCGCCACCGCAAGUCUACAACUACUAUCACGAUUUGAACCAUGUCCUGUAUCGCUCGCACUUCACCCUCGUUCAUUCGCGAUUUUCGACGAAUACCUUCCCUUCUUGGGAUCGUGCACAGCCCUUCCGUUUGGCCGCCCACAAUGGCGAGAUCAACACUGUACGCGGAAACAAGAACUGGAUGCGCGCUCGUGAAGGCGUUUUGACCUCCUCCCUCUUCGGUGAUCAGCUCGAUCUCCUGUACCCCAUCAUCGAGUCUGGCGGCUCCGAUUCUGCUGCGUUCGACAACGUCCUCGAGCUGCUCGUUGUCAAUGGCGUCCUCACACUGCCGGAGGCUAUCAUGAUGUUGAUCCCGGAGGCGUGGCAGGGGAACGAGAGCAUGGAUUCAGAGAAGAGGGCGUUCUACAACUGGGCGGCGUGCUUGCAGGAGCCGUGGGACGGUCCCGCUCUCUUCGCGUUCAGUGACGGUCGCUAUUGCGGCGCAAACCUUGAUCGCAAUGGCCUCCGGCCUUGUCGUUUUGUGGUCACGAACGAAGAUAUAAUGAUCUGCGCGUCCGAAGUCGGCGCCGUCUUCAUUUCCCCGGAGAAAGUCGUGCAGAAGGGUCGUCUGAAGCCCGGCCGCAUGCUCCUUGUCGACACCCUCGAGGGACGGAUCGUUGACGAUAAAGAGCUGAAACGCACUACCUCCAAGAAGCAGAACUUCGCGUCGUGGAUAGAGAAUCAGGUGCUCACGAUCCCGAACAUCAUCAAGCGCGUUCACCGAUCCCAACCCAUCCAAGUCAAGGUUGACGAGUUCACAUUGAGCACGGACCCCAAGCUCCUUGCGUUCGGCUACUCCGUCGAGCAGCUCAAUCUGCUCAUGCUCCCCAUGAUCACUGACGGCAAGGAAGCGCUCGGCUCCAUGGGCAACGAUGCCCCUCUUGCGUGCAUGGCGACCCAGCCACGCCUCGUCUACGACUACUUCUGCCAACUGUUCGCGCAAGUGACGAAUCCUCCGAUUGACCCGAUUCGCGAGAACAUUGUCAUGUCGCUCGAGUCUUACAUCGGUCCCGAAGGCAACCUCCUCGAGAUGAAGAAGGAGCAGUGUCACCGCAUCCUACUCCCCUCUCCCGUGAUCUCUCUCGAGGAAAUGAACGCCAUGAAGAACCUGAAGGCUGCGUACAGCACUUGGCCUUCUCGCGUCAUCGACGUCACUUUCCCGAAGGAGCAGGGCCUUCCUGGAUACCAGCUUGCCUUGGAUCGCGUAUGCAGCGAGGCGUCGCAGGCUAUUGAAGACGGCGUCAAGGUCAUCAUUCUUUCUGAUCGUGCGAUCGGUUCGGAUCGUGUCGCCCUUUCUGCCCUCAUCGCUUGCGGAGGCGUCCACCACCACCUUGUCACGCAGAAGAAGCGGUCGAAGGUCGCCCUGCUCGUUGAGACUGGAGAAGCUCGCGAAGUGCACCAUAUGUGCGUUCUUGUUGGCUACGGCGCCGAUGCGAUCUGCCCGUGGUUGGCGAUGGAAGUUAUCCAUAAGGUGGCUCGUGAGGGAUUAUCGAAGAACGGCGAGUCCGCCGACGAGCUGAGCAAGAAUUAUCGCAAGUCGAUCGACGGCGGUAUCCUGAAGGUUAUGUCCAAGAUGGGCAUCUCCACGCUACAGUCGUACAAGGGUGCCCAGAUCUUCGAGGCUCUCGGCCUGCACACUGAGGUCGUCGACCGGUGCUUCGCUGGCACAGCCACCCGCGUCCAAGGGGCGACUUUCGACCUCCUCGCUAUGGAUGCGUUCGAAAUGCACGAACGCGGCUGGCCCACGCGAGAGACGGUUCUUCCGCCCGGCAUGCCAGAAUCCGGAGAGUACCACUGGCGCGACGGGGGUGAAGCGCACAUCAACGAUCCCACUGGCAUCGCCAACCUGCAGGACGCCGUGCGAGAGAAGAACCAGACUGCGUACGAUGCCUACGCCGCGAACGCGAACGAGCAGACGAAGCGAAUCCAUCUUCGCGGCCUUCUGGACUUCCGUUUCGAGAACGCCACCCCGAUUCCGAUCGAGCAGGUCGAGCCGUGGAAUGAGAUCGUUCGACGCUUCGUUACCGGUGCUAUGUCGUACGGCUCCAUCUCCAUGGAGGCUCAUUCUACCCUUGCGAUCGCCAUGAACCGCCUCGGAGGCAAGUCCAACACCGGUGAAGGAGGAGAAGACGCCGAGCGGUCGAACGUGCUCCCUAACGGUGACACUAUGCGCUCCGCUAUCAAGCAGGUUGCCUCUGGCCGGUUCGGUGUCACGUCUAACUACCUGUCAGACGCGGACGAGCUUCAAAUCAAAAUGGCCCAGGGCGCGAAGCCUGGUGAAGGAGGUGAACUUCCUGGACACAAAGUCUCGACGUCGAUCGCGCGUACUCGUCACUCCACCGCCGGAGUUGGGCUCAUCUCUCCGCCGCCGCAUCACGACAUCUACUCCAUUGAGGACCUCAAGCAGCUCAUCUACGACCUGAAGUGUUCCAACCCGCGGUCUCGUGUGUCAGUCAAGCUCGUCUCCGAGGUCGGCGUGGGCAUUGUUGCCAGUGGCGUCGCGAAGGCGAAAGCGGAUCACAUCCUCAUUUCUGGCCAUGACGGUGGUACCGGCGCGUCACGCUGGACCGGUAUCAAGCAUGCUGGGCUUCCUUGGGAAUUGGGUCUCGCCGAGACGCACCAGACGCUCGUCCUUAACGACCUCCGUGGACGUGUGACCGUACAGACCGAUGGCCAAAUUCGGACAGGUCGUGAUAUCGCCAUCGCCUGUUUGCUUGGAGCUGAGGAAUGGGGCUUCGCCACCACGCCGCUCAUCGCGAUGGGUUGCAUCAUGAUGAGGAAAUGCCAUUUGAAUACUUGCCCGGUCGGAAUCGCCACACAGGAUCCUCAGCUCCGUGCCAAGUUCGCUGGCCAGCCCGCACAAGUCAUCAACUUCUUCUACUACCUUGCCGAGGACCUCCGCAGCCACAUGGCGAAGCUCGGAUUCCGUACCAUCAAUGAGAUGGUCGGCCGCGCCGAUAUGUUAAAGGUUAACGAGAAGCUCCGGACGAUCAAGACGGCUCAUCUCGACCUCUCAGCUAUUUUGAAGCCCGCAUGGCAGAUGCGCCCCGGCGCCGCGACGUACCGUGUUCGCCGCCAGGACCACAAGCUCUACAUUCGUCUUGACAACAAAUUCAUCGAUGAAGCCGAGCCUGCGUUGACCAAGGGCUUGCCGGUGCACAUCGACUGCGAGGUCACCAACACCGACCGUGCUCUCGGCACCUCUCUGUCGUACCGUGUCUCGAAGCUGUACGGCGAGGACGGUCUUCCGAAGGAUACGAUUCAUAUCAAUAUGAUCGGAUCUGCGGGCCAGUCGCUGGGUGCCUUCCUUGCCCCUGGUAUCACCAUCGAACUUGAGGGUGACGCCAACGACUACGUUGGCAAGGGCUUAUCCGGUGGCCGCCUUGUCAUCUAUCCUCCUAAGCAAUCUACGUUCAAGGCCGAGGAAAACAUCAUCAUUGGCAACGUCUGCUUGUAUGGUGCAACCUCCGGCGAAGCCUUCAUCCGUGGAGUCGCUGCGGAACGUUUCGCUGUCCGCAACUCCGGCGCGAACGCGGUUGUCGAGGGUACGGGUGACCAUGGCUGCGAGUAUAUGACGGGCGGUCGUGUAGUCGUCCUUGGAACAACUGGGCGGAACUUCGCGGCCGGUAUGAGCGGUGGAAUCGCCUACGUUCUCGACAUGGCGCAUACCUUCCCCUCAAAGGUGAACAUGGAGAUGGUCGAGCUGGGAAAGGUGACCGACCCGAAGGAGAUUGCGGAACUUCGUGGUCUUAUCGAAGACCACCGUCAUUACACUGGCUCCGAGGUAGCAAACCGCGUUCUGCAGGACUUCCACCACCUCGUCGCUAUGUUCGUUCGCGUGAUGCCCCUUGAUUACAAGCGGGUGCUAGAGGAGCAGGCAGCAAAGAUCAAGGAGGAGAAGAUGAGGAGGAGCGGCGUCGAUCUCGUCCCAUCUCGUACUCAGAGCCAGGUCAACCUUGCAUCCGAGGAAAUGUUGGAGGUGCUGACGCCCAAGGAACCUCUCUCGAGAACCAUCUCUGCCGCUUCCGUGCGCCCUCCUCUUGGUCGCCAUGAACCAUCCGUCGGUGACUUGGAGGAUUCUCUAGUGGACGACUCCACGGCCAAGUCGCGGCAGCACAAGCUUGACAAGACUCGCGGAUUCAUGAAGUACAAACGCCUUGGCGAGGCGUACCGGCCUCCUCGCAAGCGUGUCAAGGACUGGAAGGAGCUCUCCACACGUCUCACCGAGACGGAACUGAAGUACCAGUCGGCGCGGUGCAUGGACUGUGGUGUGCCGUUCUGUCAGUCCGAUACUGGAUGCCCGAUUUCGAACAUCAUCCCCAAGUGGAAUGAUCUCGUGUUCAAGGGCCAGUGGCAUGAUGCGCUCAAUAGAUUGCUCAUGACGAACAAUUUCCCUGAGUUCACCGGUCGUGUCUGCCCUGCUCCCUGCGAGGGUGCCUGCGUGCUGGGUAUCAACGAGCAGCCGGUCGGCAUCAAGAGCAUUGAAUGCGCCAUCAUCGACAAGGGCUUCGAAAUGGGUUGGAUGCAGCCGAACCCGCCCAAGACGAGGACUGGAAAGAAAGUUGCCAUCAUCGGCUCCGGACCGUCUGGUCUCGCCGCAGCUGACCAGCUGAACAAGGCUGGUCACUGGGUGACUGUCUUUGAUCGCAACGACCGUAUGGGCGGUCUUCUCAUGUACGGCAUCCCCAACAUGAAGCUUGACAAAGAGAAGGUCGUUCAACGUCGUAUUGACCUCAUGGCUGCUGAGGGAGUCAACUUCGUUCCCAACACCCAUGUGGGCAAGGACGUCAGCGUUGAGGAUAUCCGUGCUGAACACGACGCCGUCAUCAUCUGCACGGGCGCAACAUGGCCGCGCGACCUCAAGAUCCCGGGUCGCGAUGCAGAUGGCAUCCACUUCGCCAUGGAGUAUCUGCAGCUCAACACGAAGUCGCUGCUGGAUUCGCAGCACGAGGAUGGGCAAUACAUCGACGCGCGGGGCAAGGAUGUCAUCGUUAUUGGCGGUGGUGACACGGGUAACGACUGUAUCGGGACCGCGAUGCGGCACGGUGCGAAGUCGGUGACCAACUUCGAGCUGCUGCCGAAGCCGCCGGCGUCGCGCGGGCGUGACAACCCAUGGCCGCAGUGGCCGCGCAUCUUCCGCACCGACUAUGGCCACACCGAGGUCGCGGCACACUUCGGGAAUGAUCCUCGCGAAUUCUGCAUCUCGACGAAGGACUUUGUCGUUGACGAAGACGGCAAACUCGCGGGCCUCAACACCGUGCGCGUCGAAUGGACGAAGGAUUCGGGCGGGCGGUGGAAGAUGGAGGAGGUGCCCGGCUCGGAGAAGUUCUAUCCUGCUCAGCUCGUAUUCCUUGCGCUUGGUUUCUUAGGCCCAGAGAACGAGGUAAUCAAGGGUCUUGGCAUCGAGCAGGAUGCCAGGAGCAACAUCAAGACUCCGCACAAGAAAUACUCGACCAAUGUUGACGGCGUGUUCGCCGCGGGCGACUGCCGCCGCGGCCAAUCCUUGAUCGUGUGGGGUAUCCAGGAGGGUCGCGCCGCCGCCGCCGAGGUCGACUCGUGGCUCAUGGGCUCGAACACCCGUUUGCCCGCCGCCGGAGGUAUCAAGACGAGGGUUUUCCUCCCUCCGCCGACCAACCUUACGAACCUCAAUGGGAACGGGCUGAGUCCCGAGAAGACGAUCACCGUGACAGCAUAAAGCGGCCCUGGGGUAAUGGACACUGUUUACUAGUAGGGAUAUACUAUGGGGCCUUUGCGCAGGGCUGGUUGGAUGACUAUCACGAUUAUAUAUCCGAUUCAACAUUUACGACAUGCAAUCCAUACAAUGUAGCUAUGGCCUGUGUUCACUGUAUCUCUUCUCAAUCUUAAAUAUCAAUAUACCAUACAUGGUGGGUCGACACGGAUAGCAUGAAGCAACAGCGUGGAAGUGCAGUUGGAUGAGCUUCUUGGCCAUUGGUCGUUGUGAUGCACGUUGUGGGAGGAUAAGACACGUACAAUACGCUAAGGCCUUCACGAUUUUCAGGUGGCGAUGGCGAUGGCGAAGAAGGGUCGCUUGGUGAAUUGAAAGGCGAGUUGUCGCGACGACGUGGUUCGUGCUCCAGGGCGUCGCGGGGACGACGACGGCGGUGUCCGCCGUCCCGUGCACCAAGAUCGCGGGUUGUAACCUCGCGUGCGUACAGUGGCGGGAACAGCACAUGGUCAUGUUCUUCUAGCACGUCGGCUCGCGCUUCAAAGAGGAAGUGCGCCGAGAUUCGCACUUGAUACUGGCUGGCAAAGUAGUCCGGGAUGUCGCCCUCGUGCAUCCCGCGCAACUUGAGCACACCUAGCGUCCAUCGGCGCGGUCUAGCGCCGGGACGCACUGGCGAACCAACCGACGGUGGUGGAGAAGCUCCCCGAGCUGGGGGAUUAACGCGCGGAAGCCGUGAAAAAGCGGGGGUCGUGGGGUGCGGGCGCAUAUAGGAUUGGUCGAGCACAUCAUAGAGACCGAUUUCGGUUUGGGCAAGGCGUGCAAUCUCGACGACGCUACAUGCGGAGCCGUUGGAAAGGAGGGUGGCGCCGAAGGAUCUGAGACCCGUCGGGCGGAAGGCCUUGGAGGCGAGGAAGGACGAGAGAAUGCGAAUGUUGGCGAGCUCAUCGUAUCCGGCACAGGCCACCACCGGAGGCGGUAGUCUGCGAAGAAGAAGAUCCAUCGGCGCGCGCGGGCGGCAUCAGGAAGCCACGCGGGACCAUGUCGUCUAGAAGGGAUGUUGAAAGGUGCUCUGGAUUGACCGGCAUGUUCAAAGCGUAGUCAGAUAACCGGUGAUGAUUGGAUGUCCUUGGCCCUAUCGUCGGUUUCGUGAACACGUCGUUGUAUGGAUCCUGAUCUUGUGCACAGAGGCAGAUCCUGAGCUAACAUCAAUAUAGUGCUUGGAAGGUUGGUGGUUCAACUGGACGGAUACAACAACAACCCCUCUUGGUUGCAUCUUCAGCGAUCCCAACUUCCAAGGUGUCCUCACGAUUGCGAACAUCUUGCUGGACGCGUAUAAUGGGGUGAGACCACCUGUAUGGGUCUAGCCGUAGCAAAUGGAAUAGAAGCGAGCCUAAAGACAUCGACAAGGCCUUAUCGUCAUCUGAUGUUCCGAAAAUUGAACCUGAGACGAG